AUGAAGCAGUCGAGCAGAUUGUGUUUGCUCUUCCUCGUGGCGCUCUGCACCACCCUGGCCUGCGACCUGGUCCAGGCACAGGUCCUCUUCCAGGGGUUUAACUGGGAGUCGUGCAAGCAGCAGGGAGGCUGGUACAACAGGCUCAAGACCCAGGUCGACGACAUCGCCAAGGCCGGCGUCACGCACGUCUGGCUGCCUCCACCCUCGCACUCCGUCUCGCCACAAGGCUACAUGCCGGGGCGCCUAUACGACCUAGACGCGUCCAAGUACGGCACGGCGGCGGAGCUCAAGUCCCUGAUCGCGGCGUUCCACGGCAGGGGCGUGCAGUGCGUGGCGGACAUCGUCAUCAACCACCGAUGCGCGGAGAAGAAGGACGCACGCGGCAUCUACUGCAUCUUCGAGGGCGGGACGCCCGACGACCGCCUGGACUGGGGCCCCGGCAUGAUCUGCAGCGACGACACGCAGUACUCGGACGGGACGGGCCACCGCGACACGGGCGAGGGCUUCGCGGCGGCGCCCGACAUCGACCACCUCAACGAGCGCGUCCAGCGGGAGCUCUCCGCCUGGCUCAACUGGCUCAAGUCCGACGACGUCGGCUUCGACGGCUGGCGCCUCGACUUCGCCAAGGGCUACUCGCCGUCCAUCGCCAAGAUGUACGUGGAGAACACCCGGCCGAGCUUCGUCGUCGCAGAGAUAUGGAACUCCCUGAGCUACAGCGGUGACGGCAAGCCAUCGCCCAACCAGGACCAGUGCCGGCAGGAGCUGGUGAACUGGGUGCAGGCUGUCGCCGGGCCCGCGAUGGCGUUCGACUUCACUACAAAGGGCCUGCUACAGGCGGGCGUGCAGGGGGAGCUGUGGCGGCUGCGCGACAGCUCCGGCAAGGCGGCUGGCAUGAUCGGGUGGAUGCCGGAGAAAGCCGUCACCUUCGUCGAUAACCAUGACACCGGGUCCACGCAAAAGCUGUGGCCGUUCCCGUCCGACAAGGUCAUGCAAGGCUACGCCUACAUCCUCACCCAUCCAGGAGUCCCCUGCAUCUUCUACGACCACAUGUUCGACUGGAAUCUGAAGCAGGAGAUAUCCACGCUGUCUGCCAUCAGGGCGCGGAAUGGCAUCCACGCCGGGAGCAAGCUGCGGAUCCUCGUCGCGGACGCCGACGCGUACGUGGCUGUCGUCGACGAGAAGGUCAUGGUGAAGAUCGGGACAAGGUACGACGUGAGCAACGUGAUCCCGUCGGAUUUCCACCCCGCGGCACACGGCAAGGACUACUGCGUCUGGGAGAAGGGGAGCCUCCGCGUCCAGGCUGGGCGGCACCUUUAG